UCCACCGAUCUUUUUCUGAACCACGCCUUCGCAAAUUCUCCUCUUUUUAUUUUCUUUUCUAGAAUUUCAACUUUGUAGCCAUCAAACAAAUUCCAGAAAAUCAUACGAAAAAUUGUCAACGGUGGCGUUAACACUCCACCAAUCCAAGCCCAGGUGUUAAUAGACUUGAAUGCUAGGGAGUGUUUUUUUUAAUUAAGUUGACUUAUUAGUGAAUUGGAAGUCUUUAUGAUGAUUAGUAGUAUAGGCUCUGGAUUGGAGCCAAAAGACGAGUCCAAUACAAUGAUGGAAAUGGUUUCAAAUGGUAAUGGAAAUGGAAGCUUGUCUCAAGAUUCGAAAGAUAAGUUUAUGCAUUCUGUGAGUAAUUGUGAUGACCACAACUCUGGUGAGGAAACUCUGAAUGGUGUAGGAGAAGGGACGAUACCCAAAGGAGCUGCGGAUAUGGAGAUUAACAUAACUGAAUGUACAAAUUCUGACAUGGAUAGCUUGACUAUCGCUGAAUGUCAGGAUGACACUGAGAAUUCGAGUUCUUUUGGUGGCACUAUAUCUGGGGCUGAGAAUGACUCAGCAAUAAGUGAUGUUGAAGUUGAUUCGGCAUUACGCAGUGGGAGUCCAUUGGGAUCAAUGUUUGAUGGGUUGUUCCUAUUAAGGAAGAGAAAGUUGACAGAUCAUUGGAGGAGGUUUGUUCGUCCCAUUAUGUGGCGGUGUAAAUGGUUAGAAUUGCAACUUAAGGAAUUUAAAUCUCAGACAUUGAAGUAUGAUCAACAACUUGCAGAAUAUGAUCAGAGAAAGAACUUUGAAUAUGAAAAGCUCACAUUUGAGGGACUUAAUGUGAAGUCACAACCUUUUCAAAUUCAAAGAAAGAAAGUAAUGAAGAGGAGGAAAAGAAAGCGAGUUGAAGAUACUGCUGAUUUAGCAUCUUAUAUGUCAAAUCAUAACAUUUUCUCAUAUUAUGACAGUAAGAAAUUUGUUGUUGCUACUUCUGCUCAAGAUGGUGAUAAUGGUAAUUUAGGAAACAAAACGGUCAAUAGCAAUGAAGACAUUGGAAUUAGUGAUGGAUUGUCGGGUCUUGAAUUCAGAGACGGUGAUAUUUGGUUAGAAAAGAUCCUUGGAAAGAUUGAUCUGAUUCAAUCACAAGUUCACACGUUAAAGACCCGAGUUGACAGUGUGGUUAAUGGAAGUCCUCAAAAGUUCUCUUCCAUUAAUGUAUUGAGUUCAGUUAUGCCAUGCAACACUUUAUAUGGUUCUAGAAGUCGCUCUUCUCCAGUUGGGAGUGGAGAGCGAAUCCCAGUUACAUCUCAGGGUGGUAACAUGGGAGAUCUAUUUGUGCCUGGAAGUAGUGCAGUUUCAAGUCAUGGAGAGGUUGCACCUUUUCCUGAUGUGAUUGAGGGAACUGAACAGAAUCUUGCUGCAGUUUCUUAUGACAAUACUGAGGAUGAUAUUUUGAUACAUUACCAGGCUGCCAAGGAAGAGUUGUAUAAUUUUCAAAGUGGUUUAACUCAACCGGCAGAGGAGCUGCCGAUGCCAACCGAAAAGCCUACUGUUCUUUCUCCAGAUGACCUCCUUGCCAACCCUUCAGUUCAACCAGAUGUGAAGGUAUCUUUGAUGUCUGAGUCCGAGAUCAGUACUAACAGAAGGAAUAUGGAGAAACGGAAAUCAGGCACUGAGGAUCCGCCGAUGCCAACCGACGCAAACCCUUCUGUUCAACCAGAUGAGAAGGUAUCUUUGAUGUCCGAGACCAACAUCCCUAAUAACAAGAGGAAAAUGGGGAAACGAAAAUCAGGCACCAAUGAGCCACUGAUACCGACUGAAAAACCUACUGUUAUUGCUCCGGGAGAUGACCUACCUGCAAACCCUUCUGUUCAACCAGAUGUGAAGGUACCUUCGAUGUCCGAGUCCAAGAUCCCUAAAAACAAAAGGAAGAUGGGGAGACGAAAAUCAGGCACCGGGGAGCCACUGAUGCCAACCGAAAAGCCUACUCUUCUUGCUCCUGGAGAUGACCUCCCAGCAAACGCUUCUGCUCAACCAGAUGCGAAGGUAUCUUCUACGUCCAAGUCCAAGGUUCCUAAUAACAAAAGGAAGUGGGGGAAACAAAAGUCAGACACCAAAGAGCUGCCAAUGCCUACCAAAAAGCGUACUGUUCUUGCUCCUGGAGAUGACCUCCCGACAAACUCUUCUGUUCGACCAGAUGCAGAUGUAUCUUCGUCAUCCAAGUCCAAGGUCCCUAAUUACAAAAGGAAGAGGGGGAAACGGAAAUCAGGCACCGGUUGGUGGAGCCUGAAAUCCUCAGGGUAGCUAAAUCUUCUAAGUUGGUAUAUGGUAUCCGUACAUGUUCAAAGAAAACUUCUGGAAGAGCAUUGCUAGACUUUCCAGCCCUAGUUUCAUCUCUAUGUACAUGCUAAGUGUCCAUUCUCUUAACCUCUUCUUUCAUAUUUCAAGGGCAGUACAUAUCAUGAUCGGAACAUACUCGUGCUGUUUCGCUGCUGUGCCGUAUUCAAAGUUUGACUUUCUGUAUGUUGAUAUCACUUUCU